GGGACUGGAAAUUUUGGUCCAGUUGCUCAGUGAAUGGUCGAGUGGUGGCAGUGCCUAAGUGUGCUGAGAAGAUUCUGGUGGUGGAUCCCACAUCUCGCGAGGCUUUUGCCAUAGACUUGCCAUCAGGUAUCAGGGCAGACAGACUCCGGAAAUUUGUGUCCAGUUGCUCAGUGAAUGGUCGAGUGGUGGCAGUGCCUAAUUGUGCUGAGAAGAUUCUGGCGGUGGAUCCCACAUCUCGCGAGGCUUUUGCCAUAGACUUGCCAUCAGGCAUCAUGGCAGACAGAGAGUUGAAGUUUUUGUCCAGUUGCUCAGUGAAUGGUCGAGUGGUGGCAGUGCCUAAUUGUGCUGAGAAGAUUCUGGUGGUGGAUCCCACAUCUCGCGAGGCUUUUGCCAUCGACUUGCCAUCAGGCAUCAGGGCAGACAGAGAGGAUAAGUUUGCGUCCAGUUGCUCAGUGAAUGGUCGAGUGGUGGCAGUGCCUAAUUGUGCUGAGAAGAUUCUGGUGGUGGAUCCCACAUCUCGCGAGGCUUUUGCCAUAGACUUGCCAUCAGGCAUCAGGGCAGACAGAGAGUUGAAAUUUGUGUCCAGUUGCCCAGUGAAUGGUCGAGUGGUGGCAGUGCCUAAUUGUGCUGAGAAGAUUCUGGUGGUGGAUCCCACAUCUCGCGAGCCUCGCGAGAUCUCGCGAGGCUUUUGCCAUAGACUUGCCAUCAGGCAUCAGGGCAGACAGGGACUGGAAAUUUUGGUCCAGUUGCUCAGUGAAUGGUCGAGUGGUGGCAGUGCCUUUUGGUGCUGAGAAGAUUCUGGUUGUGGAUGUCAAUAGGUUCACUUUCCGGCCAUUCAGCCUUGAUUUGCAUACAAGUGAUGUCCACCAGACCCCGCAGUUUGCUGAGCUGGUGGCAGCUAUGCUGAGCUCAUGGGUCUACACUGACGACCUUGAACCACCUCAGAUGGCACAUACCGAUUUUGAAGUCCACGCAGUGAUUCAGCCAGGGGAUUUGGGAAGAUCCGUAAAAAUAGCCAGUGUCACCGCCGAGUUGCCAGUUGGCAAGGUUUUGUUCAUCGUGUUCAAAGGAACGUCUUACAUGUUAGAUUUUUUGAACUGGAAUUUGGAACAUGAUCAUGAGAUUACAGGUGAAGCAGACUUCUUCGCUCAUGGUGGCACGGUGAGUACGAUCAGGAACACCAAAUUCUUGAAAUCAGAUGCCUUCUUGAAUCGCCUGAUCGCUGCCCGCGGGCAAGGUGUGCAGCGGGUUGUUUUUGCUGGCCACUCUUUGGGAGGCAUGUAUGCCCAAAUGUCUCUGUACUUGGCAUGGGAAGAAUUUAGAAGAGGCAACGGCCCUUUGAGUGAAGUCCUGUCUUCCAUGGACUUGCAGAGUUUCACCUUCGGUGCUCCCAUGGUAUUUGGGGGCAACUCCCAAAAUUUGAGUCGGUUCAAGGAUUUUGCAAGAGAUCAUGCUGUCAACUACAUCCUUGCCGAUGAUCCAUGUGCUCGGGCAUGGGGUGCGCUAGACUUGCGGCAUUUUGUCCAGCAAGCAACCCAGGCUGUGAAGAAGGGACUGAAAGACACGUUGGGCAGUCUGAAGGGCACGUUGGCAUCCACAGUUGUGGAGGCAAUGGCAGAAGCACUCCUGGGGCGACCCGAUUUCCUGAUGAUACAGGAUUUCGCCCGGAAGUACGAACAUGUCGUUCCUUUGCGGGUAUUGAGUGCAAACAGACAACAUGUUCGCUGGAAAGAGUUCAACCUGACCCCAGAAUGUUUUGAGGACCACUCCAUAAUAUCUUACGUGAACAAGCUGUUUGAUGCAUUUGACUCCAGUCGACCCGAGUGCCACAUUCAUCAUCAGACUUCUUGACCGUGAACAUUGCCAUGCACCAUUUAGGAUGCCAAUGGCGAAUCGAUCAGCUCCAGCUAGCAAUUCGGCUUUCACUUAGUUCCCUAUGUUCAGAAAAUUGCAAGUUCGCAAGAGCCGAACAGCGC